AUGAUGCUUAUCAGCAAAAGUCUCUACAAGAGCUCCAUAUACACAAUAAGAAUUGUCUUUUUCCAACGGUCCAUUAUUAUAACAUUUUUAUUAGCAUAUUUAUACGAAGUCAUCAGACGCCUGUCUAAGAACCUCUUGGACCACACCUUGAAAUUGAAUUUCGAUAGCUUGCCACGGGAUAUGUGGGAAAUUUUAAGCGACCCCUUGAGAUUAAAUAGGUUACCCAUAUUUUUGGCCCGGUUGAUUGCAACGCUAAAUGCAUUGAAUCCGCUCAUGAUAAAAUUGUUAAUGCCAUAUAUCGACGGGCAAAAUAUCCAGUUUGUUUCAACAUUCCUUGCUGGUGCAAUAUCUGCCUUGGUCAAUUUCCCCAAUUUCCAAACACAACGAGUAGAAACAAACCCAUAUUACACGUUCAACUGGACCAUGGUUUUGCUAUUCAAGGCUUUAGAUUCAUGCAUAUCAUCCUUAUCUAGCAUAGCAAAAAUUUCACCGCAAACAGACCUGUGCAUCGAUCUGGCUUUGCUUAUGGCAUCGAUCUAUUGUGUUAUGAAUGCAUGGUAUUUCAGCCCAGAGAAAUUGGAGCCGUCAUAUCGUAAAUGGUUGAAUAAAAUGUCCCAUACCGAUGAAGAUUUGCUUCAGGGGUUGAGGUACAUGCGCGACGGUUCACUUGACUACAAACAUACCCAAACUACAACCACACCCACAGCACCUUUACAAGCAUCUUUGCCAUUGUCAAUUCAGCAUGCGAGUUUACAGAACCAAAACCAUUUCAUGAAGUUUGCCCAAAAGUACGGACAAGAUGCAGCGUUGGGCGAUUUGACCACUCAUAAGAAAUUACCGUGUAUAGUGUUUCAUCAAUUUCAUUGUGAAAGUUGUGUUAAAAACACCCAACACAAGUUUUAUACUCAAUUGAAAACCACGCUCAAAUUGUAUGCAUCCAUAAAUUUAUUCGUAUUUGUUGUGGUUAAAAAGUUUUACGCAAAUCCAAUGACAUUAAUACUAAAAACUUUGAGGUCGUCAUUGAUUUUAAGUUCGUUCACAACUUUACAAUGUGCUUGCAUUUGCCUUGUGAGAAAUUAUCAUCCUAAAAACAUCAAAGAUCAAAAGUAUUGGGACCUCAUGGCUCCCAAAUUAGGGGCUGCGAUUGCUGGUAUUGGCACGGUUUUUAGCAAGAACAAAAGCGACUUGCUUCUAGCCAUUGCUCCAAGAUCAUUGGGUACAUUUUUCGACCCGAAACCCACAGAUUCAAACUUGAAAUUGCAAACUGUAUUGUUUAGUUUUAGUUUUGCUGUGUUGGUGGCAUAUGGUAGACUGAAUCCCUCAAGAUUAAAAGGAACGAUUGGGAAAGGGUUCGGGUACAUGAUCAAAUAG